AUGUCUACCUCUCCUCCUCUCUCACCUGGUGCCGAGAUGGGAAAUCAUUGGGAGCUCUCGUCUAGAGCCUCGUCACCCCGACCCGACACCUCGAGCAACACCAACAGCUUGUUCUCGUCGCCUGAUUCACCUGCCAGCACAAAGCUAUCAUUCGCGAGUCUUGGACCCAAUGAUGCUAAGGAUACUGCGUCUCCGACUCGCCCAAGCAUUGCAGUGAUGCCUAGCUUUGCGAACCACAUCCUUGUGGGAAACACAGCAUACGCACCAGGUCAGAUCCAGGCCAUGCUUAACAUUAUCCAGCAAGGAAGAAGAACAGGAGAGUUUCCCAAUACAGCGUCUUCAAUCGAGGAUGCCCAAACUAUCGUCGAAGACUAUCACCACCUUCAGCGCCUUCGCGACGCACGAGGCGACCCCGCCUUACCGCCGUCAGAACAGUACAACAUUCUCAAGGUUGACAUCGCCCGCCGCAUCAAGGCUCGCGAUGAAGCUCGCGGAGCCCCGGCCAACUUUCAAGAGGUGGAUCACCGAGUUCAAAACUGGAUGAGCUCAAUCAACAAGGAAGUUCGCAUGAUGGAGAUUACACAGGCGGCACUCCAGCGCAAGGGCAUCAACAACCCUACACAAGACGACUUGGACGCCAUCGCCGAAGAGUUCAUGCAGAUCGCGGAGCGCACUCUUCUCGAUGUUGCCAACCCUCUGCGCAUGAAUAAUACGCGUCUUGCCGGCAACAUCGAUCGCUUCGAUAGCCAGCUCAAUGGCUUGUCGUCGUUGGACGGCACGAUGCGCAGCACACUCAAUGCGAUGCUGAAUUCUCAGAGCAACAACCUCAACGGCUCUAGCAACAACCUCAACGGCUCUGUCAGCACACUCAAUGCGAUGCUGAAUUCUCAGAGCAACAACCUCAACGCCUCCGCCACUAUGCUUAACACGGCCCUCAACACCGUCAUCACCAAUAUGCCAUCAAUGGUUGACGCGGCGGUUCAAGCUGCAGUUAAAGAGCAUCUCUCUUUCGUCUAUCAACAUUUCCCUACCACACAGUCCCAAUUUAACUACGAUCAGCCACCCGGAUACGGCACAGCUACACGGGCAAAACAAAUCCAAGCGGCUUGUGGCGAGGUCUUUGACGGUAACACACGAGUGGUCGCCUCUGCAGUCCAAGAGUACGGACAGCCCAGGAAGUCAAGAUUCAAGGGAUUCCUGCGGACCAUUAUUGGAAAAGGGCAAUCGAAGAAGAGGCUUCAACAUUCUGCUGUCCAACUUUGUGGCUAG